UCAACUAUGAGGUCCCAGCUUCUUCGGAGUGCUGCUCCGUGUCUGUGGGCUGGCAAGGUUGUCAGCCCGGUCCGCCGGCACCUAAACUGCGGAAGCCUGCCGCUGGAGGAGCUGUUCGCUCGCGGCGGGCCCUUGAGGGCCUUUCUGGAGCGUCAGGCAGGAUCUGAAGCCCAGUUGCAGGUCAGGGGGUCUGAGCUGCUGGCGGCAGCCAAACUGCUGAGCGAAAAGGAGCAGGAGGUGCAGGAGACUGAGCACUUGCUACACGAUGAAAAUGAGGACUUAAGGAAACUUGCAGAGAAUGAAAUAAGCUCAUGUCAAAAGGAAGUAACUCAGUUGAAGCAUCAGAUUAUUUUAUUUUUGUUUCCCUCAGAAGAAACAAAUGAAAAUGAUUUGAUCUUGGAGGCAGCCUUAGACAUGCAUCUGCCAGCAUUGGGGGUUUAGAAGCCUAUAAGCACAUGAAAUUUGAAGGAGGUGUGCACAGAGUACAAAGAGUGCCAAAGACAGAGAAGCAAGGCCGCAUCCAUACUAGCACCAUGACUGUAGCAAUAUUACCCCAGCCAACUGAGAUUAAUCUGGUGAUUAACCCGAAAGAUUUGCGAAUUGAUACUAAGCGAGCCAGUGGAGCUGGAGGACAGCAUGUAAAUACCACGGACAGUGCUGUCCGGAUAGUUCAUCUUCCAACAGGUGUUGUUUCUGAAUGCCAACAAGAGAGAUCUCAACUGAAAAACA